UUGACCGCUCAUCGUAACGUUGUUUAUCAUUGUUUAUUCGUCACCUGGUAGUAACUUUUGAGCUUACUCCUUAAAUUACUGUGGGUGAUGAUGGCAAUUAAGGUGAGCAGAACUAUUUAGAAAUGUUCGUGAAGUCUCGAGAGCCACCGUCUGUUGUAUCGACCCGUGUGUUAAGAACUCAUAGACUUAAUGAAAUCGAAACUUUUCGACUCCAGGAACGUAUUCGAUCAAUAGUUGGCGAGGGAAAAAAAAACUAUAGCUCGAUCUCUGAUGAGAUUGAUGGAGUUCGUGAGAAUUUGAACAAGAUCAAGAAAGUCAAGAACAACUUAGGAAUCAGCGUAGAAAGGAGAAAACUUCUUCGGGAAAAGGGCUACCGGGUUUUACCUAUUCGUGGGCUCGGAGACGAGCCGAUUGCUCUCCGAGGACCUGACGGCAAAAAGAUCGAGUUGGCAGGAAGGCAUUGUUACGAUGGUGAACAGUUACGAAAACAGCUGAACAUACGGUUUGAGGAUCUCAAUCUUUGUGAGGAGAAACAUGGGGAUGAGAGUGUUAAAGACGAAGAUGAAGUGAUUCGCAGAAAAGACUUCGAAUAUAGAGUCAUAGGGCCACCACUUCGGCCUGGGAGCCGUAGAAACUUUAAGGAUGUAAGUGAUAAAGAAUCGGAAAAAGAGCAAGAGUUAUUGUUAUUAUCAGACACGCCAAAAGCCAAACGGAAAGUGUUAAAAAUAAGGCCGCAUACUGCGGUGAAUAGGAGAGGAUCAGAAAGGCGGAUAAGCCGGUCUGGGAGCCGAGAUGAUAUUCGUAGAGCAAGAAAUGCAACAGCGUUUCACACAAGUAGCGUCAUAACAUGUGUGGAAGAUGAAUUGUAUCAUGUGAAAGGCAAUAAAAAAAUGGGACAGGACGAGACCCAAAUCAGGGAGAAACAAAAGGAAAGCGCUAAAACUGUAAUUUCCAUCGAGGAAAAUAAUUAUAAUGAGAUUAAUCGUCCGGAUAGUCAGAAUUCUGACGGAACGAGAGACAAUAUUGAAAAAGAUAAAUUUGAACACUUUGAUGAAAGACUUGUCGCUGCAGUAGUAAUGCAAAGCAGAUCAGAGGCUCGAAGAAGUUCACGUCGCACAAUGCAAACUGUGCAAGACACAACGGAAAACACUUUGGAUAGAAAUAAUAAUGAGAUUAAAGUAACAAAAACUCAGCCAAGUCGGAGGAUUUCGGUGUCGGAUCCCAAACUGCUACCAAGACGACCCUUAGUCGAGGAAACAACGAGCCCCUCCCCGAACUCAUUCAUAGAAGAAGCGAAGACCAACAAGUACCGUAAGCCUAGUUUAGUAGAAUCAUCUGUCACUAUGAAAGUGAAUGGGGAGAAAGAAUGCCGUAGGUAUGAUCUACUUUCACGAAAGCAACGAGGAGACUCAGUAAACUCCAGAGGUAGUGGAGCGACUGGGAAAUCUAUGCAUUUCCAAGGUGUUCGCAGACCAAGUGUUGGAGUAAGAAAGGACGCACUUGCCUACGAUGCGAGGCCAGAUGUGGCACUUAGUAAGGGCUACUCCACUAUGCAGAUGACGAUAGGUGGAAAACAAGUCAAGUUAUUUGUACCGAAGUUCACUACGGAAGUGUUUGAUGAAGUCGUGGACAGGGCACGGGCAAAAUCCAACACGCGGCCGUCACGUGGAAACCCAGUCAGUCCGAAUACGUAAAAAAAACCUUUGUAAUGGAACAUGCGGCCAGGGGCGGAUCUAGGGGUGGGUGCGGGGAACAAUGAAUUCGGCUCCCCCUUUCUUGAAACCCUUGCAUCUCCAUUUCCCUGCCUUAUAUGUACAUCCUGCCAUGGGUCAUGCCUCUUAGCCAGCAGCUUGUGUCUCAGCUUGAUUUCAGAAUCUCUGGCUGAGAUUAACCUAAAGAAGUUUGGAGAAAAGCAUUAAAGAAAAAACUGGUAAUUUCCUUACGAUACACAUAUUAUACCACAAAAACCUAAUUCAUAAAACCUAAUAAUAGGAUACAAAUAUUAUACCACAAAAGCCUAAUUCAUAAAACCUAAAACUAAAAAUAGUCCCAACUAAAAUUUUCUAAAAUGAUACCCAUUACAGAAAAUGAACAUAUGAACUUUGCUGUCUCAUCUCUCUAUGAUCUGAUGAGCCAGAGGUUGAAAGAGCUUUUAUAGGAGAAGCUUCAAAGGGGGAAAACAUUGCUUUUAAGCAAAUUGCUCCUCUACAAAAAAGCUGUCUUGGCUUUCUAUGAAACCUGAAUUUUACUUUUGGACCACAUUAUAUUGUGACAUGUGAAAAAAAAAAGAAGUUUUUUUAAGGUUUGUAAGAAAACAUUGAGCUACCCAGGGUUAUUGAAAAUAUUGAAGAUGAUCAAAACACGGCAUAUUUUUUAGGUAAUAACAGAUUCCCAAGGUCCUUUUUUUUAAAAUCAAAACAGAAUUCCAGAAUAGUCGAUUUAAAUUUCAAGUGUUUAUCAAAUAUAUGUUGUUUUUCACAAAUUGCUAAUACUUAGCGUUUUAGGAGACCAGCUCUCAAUUUCUUUAAGGUUUUAGGAAACCAGUUCUCUAUUUUUUUCUCCAAAGAAAGCUGGAGUUUACUCAAGUAAUUCAUUUAAGCAUUGCUCAUCUUUGUGAGAAUUUGACCAAUCAUUUAUUGAAAUGAAAAAUAACUAUUGGUUUUAUUUCUAGUAUAUCAUAGCUGUCAACCCAAGUUGGACAGAAAUCUUGUAAAAUCGGAUGAAAUACAGCAAAUAUGUGAAAAAAAAACCAAGAGAACAAAAGCGGAUGAAUACAGAAAAUUUAUGAACAUUCUCACAAAAAUUAGGUUAAUGAUGAGGUCCAAAAUCUUGUGACAGAGUUGACAGCUCUGGUAACUUAUAUUCAAUUCAUUCAUGAAAAGUAGUUAUAAUUUUCCUAUGAUAGAUGGUGAAUGGCAGAUUUAGAGAUCGAAUUUGAUAAAUACAGCCGAGAAUAUUUAUUCCCUGAGGUAAGUACUAAAAGUAUAAAUUAAAUUCAACAAUGAAAAAGGUGUUCAAAGUUUGAAAAGAAAACAACUCCGAAAGAUCGUUCCACUAAGUACUUUAAUGAAAUACGCUAACUUACCUACGUCUGCCAGUGCAAGAACAAAUACAUAGAAGCACUUGUCGGAGAAGGUGUCCAUAAAAUUAGCUUGAUUUUCCUUUCUUUACCCUGUUGUUUACUCUGACAUUUCAGCUGACCUUGACUCGAGCACAAGACUUGACUCUGCAAAAAUUUCAACCAUGCUUUUACACAGCCUUUUGCACAUAAUUAGACAAGUUCAUAUCCGUUUUUAGCAUCCCCACGAAUGAUUUUUUGCCAAGCACUUCUUUUUCGACAAUUUUUUGCUUUUCUUCAGUCAGUUUUUGUGUGUUUUUGAGAGGGGCAGAAAUACUCAUCCGCCAUAUUGUUUUUGCGCGCUCUGGAGGCCUGUGCCGAGGCAGAUCGCGGCUGGCUGGCUGGCUGGAUGGCAGCUUGUGACAAUGACGUCAUUGACAACAAAAACUGAGUCGCCUAGUUAUUUCUAUACCUAUGGGGCUCCGCGCGCGGCCUACGCUUGUGAGCAGUUCUGCUGCUUUGUGCAUUUAAGGUGGUAUGGUACCUCAAAAAUGUAAAACGUGCAGUAAUCAUAAUACCCAAUUCAUUAUGAUGCCAUAGAAUUGCCCUCAUUAAAAGGAGAAAUAUGA